ACCCCGCGCUCAGAGCGCGGGGCGCGGCCGGGCCGAACCCGCAUGAGCCAGAGUUCAGGCCAACGGGUUGGGACGACCUGGUGCCCCAAGGGCAAGGAUUGUGGCGCUGGUGCGGCGAGCGUGGGCCGUUGGGCAGGGGCGGCGCCCAAGGGAGCACCCAGGCCUACAAGGAGAAGAUGAAGGAGUUGUCAGUGCUGUCGCUCAUCUGCUCCUGUUUCUACUCACAGCCGCACCCCAACACCAUCUACCAGUAUGGGGACAUGGAGGUGAAGCAGCUGGACAAGAGGGCCUCUGGCCAGAGCUUCGAGGUCAUCCUCAAGUCCCCUUCUGACCUGUCCCCUGAGAGCCCAGUGCUCUCCUCUCCCCCCAAGAGGAAGGACACCUCCCUGGAGGGGCUGCAGAAGCGGCUGGAGGCAGCUGAGGAACGGAGGAAGACGCAGGAGGCGCAGGUGCUAAAGCAGCUGGCCGAGCGGCGCGAGCACGAGCGCGAGGUGCUGCACAAGGCGCUGGAGGAGAACAACAACUUCAGUCGUCUGGCGGAGGAGAAGCUCAACUACAAGAUGGAGCUCAGCAAGGAGAUCCGCGAGGCGCACCUGGCGGCGCUGCGCGAGCGGCUGCGCGAGAAGGAGCUGCACGCAGCUGAAGUGCGCAGGAACAAGGAGCAGCGAGAGGAGAUGUCCGGCUAAGGGGCUGCGGACCAGAGGCGCCUGGAUCCUGAGAGGAGACGUCUACACACGCGGGUUCUGGUUUCGUCUUGUCCCACUUUGUCUAGAUGCAACUUUGGUUCCUGCCCCCUCCCCACCCUGCACUCCUAGCUCAUGCUUCUCUUUCCGCUCUGAGCUGUCCAGUCCUUGUGGCCUGUCACUCUCCACAGGCUCUCCCUCAAGGAGCCACCAGAACAUGGCACACAGUCCCUCAGUUCAGGCACCAGGCCGGGCAGUGGCUGGGUCCCCUCUUGGUGGCCCUCUUAGCAGACGUGGUGGCAGCCUCAAUAAAUCCAGUGGUGGUAGCAGGAACAUGUGGGUCCUUAUGCUGG